CGUCUAGGUACACCAACUUCAUCGAAAGAUCUUUACCGUGUAGGAGUGUCUUAGAUUAAGAAAGGAAGAAAAAGGGAGAACAUCGGAGCUUAUCCUGCUGCAUAUGGUAUCAGAUGCCACAGUUGCGACCCUGCCAGGAGCAGCGGCCUGUUAUCAGUCCAUCCACACGCGGACGCACACAGCAACAAGUGAGGCAACCUGACGUGCAGCAGCGGAGGGGAUCGAUUUUCCCAUGGCCCGGGAACAGGAGGAUGCCGACGGCAGAGAAGAGGAGAAAGAUGUGAACGGCGCAGACGAUCAUCACCACGAUGACGAACCCGCAUUAGUCCUCGCACAAGAGUCCCGCAUCCUGGACGCAUGCAGGCGGAGGGAUAUCGACGAUCUCCAGGUCUUAGCCGUAUCGAGAGGCGGGUUCCUCUCCGACACCAUCCGUCGCCAAGCAUGGCCGGUAUUAUUAGGCUUCACCGUCGACGAGCACGGGAACCAGGACGGAGUCUCCGAUUCGUGGAGGGAGCUCGCACGGCAUAAAGACGAGGACCAGGUGAAGCUAGACGUUGACCGCAGCUUCGUCUACUACCCAGAUGAUGACACCCAAGCGCAGCUCGACUUAAAGAAAUCCGCACUCUCGGACCUCAUCACCGAGGUGCUGCGGCGGCAGCCGCACCUCAGCUACUUCCAGGGGUACCACGACAUCUGCCAAGUCUUCCUGCUCGUGCUGCCGCCCAGCUCGCGCGCGACAGCCGUGUCGCGCCUCUCGGGCUUGCGCAUCCGGGACUUCAUGCUGCCGUCGCUGGGGCCGGCGAUCUCGCAGCUGCGGCUGAUCCCGGACAUCAUCUCGGCGGUGGACCCGGCGCUGUGCGCGCACGUCGGGCGCACGGAGCCGUACUUCGCGCUCUCGGACACGCUGACCAUGUUCGCGCACAACGUGCGGCGGUACGCCGACAUCGCGCGCCUCUUCGACGCCCUGCUCGCGCGCGAGCAGGUCUUUAGUCUCUACGUCUUCGCCCAGAUCGUCCUCACCCGCCGCGCCGAGCUCUUCGACCACGACGAGCCCGACAUGCUGCACUUCGCCCUCUCCAAGCUGCCCCAGGACCUCGAUCUCGACGCCGUCAUCGCCGACGCCGCCGCCCUGUUCGAAAAACACCCGCCCGAAACCCUAAGGAAUUGGGGCCGUAUCUCGAACGCGAGCGCGUUGAAGACGGGACGCAGGGUCGACGUGUGCGCCAGGCAGGGCUUGGCGGAGGGCUUUGCGUAUUUCGAACAGCAGCGCAAGGAGCUCCGGUGGGCGGCGCGCCGCGAGAAGGCGAUGAAGACGGUCUGGGCGAAUAGGACGGUGAUACUGGCCGUAGUUAUUGGGAUCGGCGCGGUGUACCUCCGCAAGGCGCCGUUCUGGACGAAUCUUGUUGCGAGGUCGAUGCCGGGCCAUUACUUUUAGAGCAGGGGCGCGGGAUGAUCCAGCUGUGUUGGAUGGUGGUAGCCAUGCGUCAUCUGUAGAUGUGCUUAUGAGGUUUGUAGGAAUAGGCACGAAUGCUUUUCCUUGGUCGCUAUGCAGUUGGUUGGGAGUUGGUGAUAAGGAGUUGCCUUGCACGACUUCGCACUUUGGUAGAUAACAUGGGCCAUUCUUGAUUUUUUGAAUGUUAGAAAAAAAAUAAUUGAGGAUCGUCUCCGAGGAUG